AGUUAUACGAUGAACACUGUUCUGAGUUUGAUGCUUGUUGCUGCCUUGUACGCCCAGAGUGUGUACUGCAGCUACUACCACGGUCCCACCGCCAAGCCUGUCGUCCUCCACAACGGCUACCUGGCAGACACUCAUGAGGUAGCAGCAGCCAAGAACGCUCAUCUCGCCGCUCUAGCCAAGGAAUCUCACUACGGAGGAGACUACGUAUACGGUCACGGCCAGGAAUACAGUGGUUCUUACAGGUAUGACGGCCAUCAUGGAGACAUAAGGUACCACGGACCUACCGCCAUCCCACACGUCCUGCAUGACGGACACAUUGCAGACACUCACGAGGUGGCUGCUGCUAAGGCUGAGCAUUUCGCCGCUGUAGCCAAGGCCAAGGCUCAUGGAGGCUACGGUGACUACUACAGUGGCAGAUACGCCUCAGACUACGGCACCGACCAUGGACACUCCCAUCAUGUGGUGUCUUACCACGGACCCCUCGCCAAGCCCGUGGUGCUCAUGUCUGGAUACCUGGCAGACACUCACGAGGUCGCUGCCGCCAGGGAACAUCAUCUGCAGACUUUUUAUCGAGUUGAACCAAAGUAUUACAAAAACUACUAAUUGCUUUCAUGUUUUAGUAAUAAUGUAAUGUGACUGUGAUAAAUAAUAAUGUUCUGUAUCUCUUGA